AUGGUCCUCGAGACGUCGGUGUCCUGUGACGGAUCGCCAAAGUGGCAGCAGUUACAGAGGCUGGCAGGCUCUAGCCCGCUUCAGUGUCCCGGUAGCCCCGGACGGCGCCGGAGCAUGAGCUUGAGCCAUCCAGUUAACGGGCGCCCCGAUGAGGCACCACUGAAGCCGGGCUGGCGGAUGAGCCGGUUGUCACAGAGACAACCCAUCAGCAACUCUCAGACGGUCGGUAAAGCCUUAGACCUCCGACUACCGGCCAAAAAGAUUGCGAAGCAAUUCAUACGGCAGGGCUCUGAGGACAGCCAAUCCGGCGGCUUCGCGCAUCUCAACCUACACAUGAUCCAACAUGCCGAAGACGAGCCUGGCCGUGGCUCGACCGUCCGUGGCUCGCCAUUCAGUAACGACGAUCCUGGCAACAACAAAAUCGUCAGGCGACGUCCACCUUUACUAUUGUCUAGUCGCACGGCUUCACAAGAGAUUGUGAAUCAUCGUCUUCGAGACGGGGAACACGGAGGGAACGAGAAAUGCGGACUCAAAAAGCGGUCGCUGGAACCAUUUUUACGUCAAGGUAGACACUGGGUGUGUCAGCGUCAGAUCGCCUUGUUACAAUACUAUCGCGGAGGCUGUCAUCAUGAGAGAGGUAGACAGCACCCUGGAGAAGUCACGGGGCCAGUCAUUUGUGUGGUUGUAAGGUUGGCUGCUGAUAGAUGUGUGAGGUUCCGUUGUGUAAUGGGCUUGCCAAAAUGGUGA